GGCGGUUCUCAGUCUUCAGGAAAUAAUCUGCAAGUGUUAUGCAUGCUGAGACAGGAUGGAUGCAACUCAACAAAUUGUGGAUUCAUUCUCUGAAGAAGAAGAUGAGAUAGAGGAGAAACAGGAAGGACCAGAAAAAGAGCAAGUAGCAACACUGAAGGUGUUUAAAAAUGAUCACAUUCCAGAGACAGAAUUUCCUCUCUAUGUUGGAGAGAACAUCUUGGGUCGUGAUCCUGCUGUCUCUUCUGUUCCGCUUCCGGCCCGAUCUGUGUCUAGUCGGCACGCUGUCAUCUCCAUCACGGUGUUUCGCUCUAGUAACAAUCGUUCCAGCGAUAUUGAAGCCAUAGAAGCACUAUUAUGGGAUAUGGGCAGUUUAAAUGGAACCAGAAAAGGCAGAUUGAAGCUAACACCCCAAGUGCGAUACGCACUGGCGGAUGGAGACAGUGUGGUGCUCGCUGAUGUACCGUGCCAGUAUAUCAGCCUACAUGUCCAAAAUAAACAUACCAACGUAGGUCCAAAGGAUAAAGAAGCCUCCAGGCAUAAAAAACAGAGAAGUCCAUCUCUGUCCAGCAGUGACUCCGAACCAAAGGUGAGGAAAGGAGUGGUGAAUGAGAAAAAGAGGGGUAUCUUGCCUCCCGUGCCUUUAUGGAGUGAUGAGGAUGAAGAACCCAAGAAUGCAACCAAUCUGUGUUCAACACAGCCAGCCAACAAGCAGCCUGAAAUUACCCUGGUGCCCGAUUCUGACUCUGGUUCAGAUGGAGAGAGUGCUAUAGAUGAGAGGAGAGAUUUGGUUUCAGAUUCUGCAUCUUCCUCUAAUCUGGCUAGCCCCUCAGAUUCAAGAGUCCUGACCCCUGCAAGACAAAUCAUUCCAGAGAGUGAGGAUGAGAGCUCCAUCACUCCAUCUUCAGCUGCAAUGGACCGAUUUAAACUGAAAGAUAGCUUCAGUGUGGACUGUUCAGACUCCUCUAAGACUGGCCCACUUGCUUUAAACUUGGACAGUGAUACUGAUAUUGAGGAAGAGGAGACGGAAAAAAGCAGGACGGGAGCAGAGGCACAGAUUGAAGUUGCUUCUAAGGUGCAACCGGUAUCUUUAGCAGAUCUUCAUAUGGACAGUGACACUGAUGUAGAAGAAGAGGAGAUGGAGAAAAGCAAAACUCAUCCAGAGGUUGUGACUGAAGAAGUUUCUAAGGUGGAGUCGGUAGCUUCAGCAGACCUUCAUAUGGACAGUGAUACUGAUGUGGAUGAAGAGGAUACUGAGAAAAGCAAAACUGAACCAGAGGCUCAGACUAAAGAGACUCAAAAUUUGAAAUCGGUAGCUUCAGCAAAUCUUCAUAUGGACAGUGAUACUGAUGUUGAGGAAGAGGAGAUUGAGAAAAGCAAGAUAGAACUAGAGCCUUCGACUGAAGAAGCUCCAAAGGUGGACUGCGUAACUUCACCAGAUCUUCAUAUGGACAGUGAUAAUGAUGUUGCUAGUAAUGAACUUCCCAAAGUUUUAGCAGUUCCGGAAAGUCCUCCUAAUGCGAAUAUCCAGUUGGACAGCGACACUGAUGUGGAAGAUGACAAUCCCAUGGAUGUUCCCAUGGCGGCAGAGGUUUCACAUCCAGUAGUAAUGGCCGGUGACAUUAGACCUAACCCAAAUCCUGGUACUGAGUUCUGCAUGGACAGUGACACAGAUGUAGAUGAAGAGGAUAAGGACAGAGACCCACUGUCAAACAGUGAAACCGAUGAUGAGGAUCCUUUUAAGUCUUUACCAGGCAAAACUGUAAAUGUUGCAGCGCAUCAGAAGACGACUUCUAAUUCAGAAGGCAGCACAGUAGAACAAUCAGAUAAGGGAACCCAUAAACAAAUAAAUCCUAUCCAAACACAUACUAAUUAUGAGGAACCCACCCAAGCUUUUGACAGUCCAGAAGACUUGGACCUACAGGCCACACAAGCAUACGGUGUUACUGGAGCCAGUGCUGGUCUCAGGCCAAAGCAAUUGGAUCUUGAGGCUACACAGGCAUACGGAUCCGAAAUAGACCGAGAGGAAGAAGAGAAAGAGCCUCUGAGCCAUAAUGAAAUGUACUCAAACCUUUCCACUGCUGAAACUCAGUUUAUUCUUCCAGCAAAGAGUAAUGAUGAAGAUGAUGAAGAGAUGCAUGAUCACUCUCACCUCUCCACAGCAGACACUGUCAUCAUUGCCAGCACCCCUAGACGAGAAGAGCAGACUCAGAAUUUUGCUCUCUUCAGUGCCCCAACACAACUCUUGUGGGAGGGAGAGGAGAAAGAAGUGGAUCAGAGUGAGCCAGCCCAGGUGGUGGAGGCUGAUACCACUGAUGAAACACAAGAUAAUGAAGAGGAUGAUGAGAAUAUUAAAUGGGGUAGAAGGAAAACCCAUGUUGGAAGAAAGAUGCCAAAACAUAAAAACAUCUCAAGCUCUCAUAUUUUCAUUGCUGAAACACAGCCUAUGUGCGAGGAUGAAGAGGCAUCAGAUGAAGGUCUGAACAGUGCUGUCAGCAGCAAAGAUACAGAUGAUGAACCCAAACAUUUUAGAGGAGAACCCUCUAGCUCCCAUAUAACCAUUGCAGAAACCCAGCCAAUGUGUGAGGAUGAGGAGGCAUCAGAUGAAGGACUGACCAGUGCUGUCAGCAGCAGUGAUACAGUUCAUGAACGCAAACAUCUUAGAGGUGAACCCUCUAGCUCCAAUGUCGCCAUUGCUGAAACGCAACCUAUGUCUGAGGAAGAGCAAACACUGAAUGAGGAUUUUAAGAGUGGAGUGAACUCUGGGAGACCAAAUUUAAGACAGCAGGCAGAGGAACAUAAAUCCAAUCAGCUUGCUUCUAAAAGCUCCAUCUCCCAUUUUACCAUUGCUGAAACACAGCCUAUGUGUGAGGAUGAAGACGAACCAGAUGAAGGUGUCAGCAAUGCAGUCAGCAGCGUUCUUACAGGUCAAGAUGAAGCCAUGCAUCUUACAGAAGAUCCCUUGACGUCUCAUGUCACCAUUGCUGAAACACAGCCUAUGAGCGAUGAAGAACAAACACUUAAUGAGGAUCUAAAGAGUGGGGUCAACUCUGAUACACUGGAUACAAAUCACCUGGCUGACAAACAUGAAUCCACACAGCUUGCUGAUAAUAUUUUAGGAACAAAGAAGCGAGAAGGUAUAACUGAAAAACAGCCUAUAUGUGAGGAAGAGGAGGUUCCUGAACAACUUGAGAAAACACAGCAGGUGGAUAAGGAAGAUGAAGGACAGGACAAGGACUUUAAAAGCAAGAUGCCUUGCAGAAGAUCAUGCAGAGGAAGACCCAAAAAAAAGGAGGCUGCUGAGGCUUUUGUCCAUCACACUAUUCCAACAACAGAGCCAAUUUGUGAAGAAGAAGAUGAAAAAGAUAAAGAACAGAAUAUUGAACUAAAAUCCAGAAGAUCUCGCAGGGGAAGACCAAAAAAAGAGGAGCUUGCACAGGCUGCUGAGGCUGUUGUCCUUCACACUAUUCCAACAACAGAGCCAAUUAUUGAUGAAGAAGAUGAAAAAGAUGAAGAACAGGAUAUUGAACUAAAAUCCAAAAGAUCUCGCAGGGGAAGACCAAUAAAAAAGGAUGAAAUUCCACAACCUGCUGUGUCUCUUGUCACAGAAACACAGCCUGUUCCUGAGGAAAAAAAUGAGGGGGAAGAUCUGAAUAGUGGCAUCAGAUCCAAAAAAUCCCGCAGAGGAAAACAAAUAGAUGAACCUGAACCAAAGUCUGAUCUUAACAUUGUUGAAACACAGCCUGUGACUGAAGGAAACAUUCAAGAGGAACCUGCAAACGCAGGCAGCUCCUCUCAGAGAAGACAACCUAGAGGUAGAAGACAGAUGAAAGAAAAAACGGACCAGGAAAAUGAGGCAGGUGCAUCUACCAAAGGCCCAGGAAGAGCUAGGAAACUGCAGGAAGGAAUAAGAAAGAGGGGAAAAGCAUUGUCGGAGGAUGAGGAAGAGAUUGAGGAGGAAAAAACAAGGAGGAGAACAAGAAGGACUGGAUUAAAACAGGACAAGGAAGAGAAAGAGAAGAUUGAAAAAGAGCUGCAAGAACAGGAGGAGAGAGAGAGGUUGGAAAGAGAAGAAAAUGAAAGACUGGAAUGUGAAAGAAAAGAAAGAGAAGAACGUGAAGCUAAAGAGAGAGUGGAAAGAGAGCAGAAGGAAUUAGAAGAGAAAGAACGAUUGGAAAGAGAAGAAGAGGUACGGAUCAGGAAAGAAAAAGAAGAACAUGAGGCAAUGGAGAAAUUAAAGAGAGAGGCAGAGGAAAAAGAUCGUUUAGAGAGAGAGUUAAAGGAUAAAUUGGAGAGGCAACAGCUUGAAAAGGAAGAGGAGGAAAUAAUUCAGAGAGAAAAGCGGGAGAAGGAACAAAAAGACAAGAUGGAAAAAGAAAUUUUACAAAGGCUAGAGGCGGAGAGAGAACAGUUAGAAAAAGAGAGACAAGAAAAUGAGAGGCUUGAGAUGACGGCAAAAGCACAACUGAACAGAGAACAAAAAAAGAAGCAAGAGAUGAACCAACAGGAAAGACAAAAGAAGGAGACAUUGAAGGAGAAAAAUGCAGAACUGAAUGCUUCUCCAGUUUCUCCCAAUGAUGAUGCCCCUGCCAGACGAACACGCCGCCAUUCAAACUCCUCUAUGAACUCUGAGCAAUCUGUAGCAUCACAACAGGAGCAGCCCAGUCAGAGAGGCAGAGGGAGGGGCAGGGGGCGGGGCAGAGGGAGACAGACAGCUAAUGAACAGCCAGUUAUUGGCAGAAAGACUGGCAGGAGAAAAAACAUUUCAAGUCACGCUGAUGGUGUUGAAGAUACAGAGCCGGAUUUCACACCCCGUUCUCGAUCUCGCUCCAAUUCAAGAAGUUCGGAAAGAUCCUCCAAUAGCUCGAGAACUCCGGACCAAAGUGCAAGAGGAAGAGGCAGAAAGAGUCUGAAAGUACCACAACCAGAGGAAGAAGUUUCCCAAGCUAAAACCCCAGGAAAGGGCAGGGGGAAAGGAGGCAGGCGUUCUAAUGUAGACAACAUAAAUGUUGAGAGCAGUAAACAUGAACAAGAUGCAGAGGUAGUAGAAGAGGCUGUUAAACCCCAAACCAACAGCAGGGGGCGCAAGAGAGCAGCCACUGCCAGCACAUCCUCAGUAGAGACUCCUCCACCCACACCUAAGACACCGCGGCGAUCUGUAGCCAGUCAAAUGCCCAAGGUAUUAUUUACUGGGCUGACAGAUGAGGAUGGAGAACGAGUUGUAGCCCGGUUGGGAGGGAGUCUGGCAAAGGGGGUGAACGAUAUGACUCACCUGGUGACGGAUAAGGCUAGACGCACUGUUAAAUUUCUCUGUGCUGUUGCCAGAGGAGUGCCUAUUGUGACUCCCGAUUGGCUCAAAAAGUGUGGCAAAGCCGGCAGUUUCCUUUCUGCUGAUGAACAUUUAUUAAAGGAUUUUGAGCAGGAGAAGAAGUUUAGUUUCAGCCUACAGGCAUCGCUACAAGCGGCUCUAUAUCAGCCUCUCUUAAAUGGUUAUGAGAUUCACGUGACAAAAUCAGUGAUGCCAGAACCAUCUCACAUGAAAGAAAUCAUUACAUGUUGUGGAGCACGUUUCCUCCCAAAAAUGCCUUCUGCUCACAAGGAACACACAGUGGUGGUGUCAUGUGAGCAGGACAGGGCACUUUGUGCGAAGGCAUUGAGUAUGUCAUUGCCUGUGGUCAGCACAGAGUUUCUAUUGACUGGCAUUCUGCAGCAGAAAGUGGACCUGCAGGCCUAUGCUCUCACUUUCACUCCCAACACAACUAAUCAGCCAACAGCCCCCAAAACACCAUCCAGGGGCCGUUGGAAGUAGUGCCAAUGACAUAGAGAAGGACUUUUCAUGUAUAACAUUUGUGGAGCUGUUCUGUCUGAUUCUAUUCGGUAGACUGUUUAGGAUAAAUGUAACAAUCUUAAAAUUAGGAUUUUAUGCAAUGAAUUUAAUUUGACUGUGAAUUGCUGCUAUGCUUAUAACCAUACACCCACUGAUUCCUAUGAAUGUGGGAGCUUAAGACAGCGUGAUAGGAGGUUAAGAAUAAGCUCCCUUGAUUUUUUUAAGCUAUUA